AUGGCUAUUAUCAGUUCUGUCAACCGGACAUGUGCUUCCGAAUCUCUUCUUGAGCUGUACCGUUCAUAUAAAUACAUUUUAAGUACUUCGUUUAAUAUAAUAAUUCCAAUUAUUUCUUUAUUCUUUCUGGUAUAUGCAAUCAAGCAGUUAUGUGCACAGUCUAUUAUACAAUACUCGACAAGAGUUCUAUUAAUCACUACAAUUCUGUUUGCUGUCUGUCAUCAAAUCGCCUACUUUUGUUUCAAGGCUGACCUACUCUACACGAUGCUUUUCAAAUUAGAUCAACCUUGCAAUCUUCAACAUUCUUCCUAUGAUUGCCGGUUUAUCACAAUUGCAACAACAACAUCCAACUGUGGGAUGGCUCUUGUUCAACUUGCAAUGUCUAUUGACCGAGUUUUUGCACUGAAGUUCAACAGAGUUUACUACAAACUCAAAUCGAUUCCGGGGAUAACUUUAGCUUUAAUUACUCUUUCAAUAAGUUUUUCAAUGUUUUUCAUAUUAACUAUUGAUGAUCCACUGUCAGGAUACGUAAAUCAUUGUGGUUUCUAUCCAACAUAUUCUCAAGAUAAAUUUCAUAUUUUUCUUGACGUCACUCUUUACUUGGCAGUUUUUAAUUUUGUGUUUGAUAUUGGAUUGAUGUACUAUUCAUAUCAGGAGAUUCUUUGGAAGCGGUCAUAUAGUUUUGUAAACCGAUUCCAAUCACGAAUUUCUCUCAAAUGCACCCAGGCAAUUUUUAUUAUCUCAAUAUGUCAAUGCAUAUCCAAUGUUUUAUAUUCUGGGCUCCUGUCACUUCUAAUGAAGUUGGGAAGAUAUAUGUCAUCUGCUGAUUACAACCUUUCCCUUUCUCUAGCAUACACCACACCAUAUUCUUGCUUGAUUCUUCCUAUACUUAUUUGUAAAGUGCUCGAGUAUAUUAAAAAACAAAGAACGGUUGGGAUAUUGUCAUUACGGAAUCAAAAACAAAGUAUGGAGGGACAUAUGGCUAUGAUCAAUUCAGCGUGGAAAUAA